AUGGCAGCAAGACAACCCGGUCUGAAGAACGAGACAACAACUGGACAUGCAUUUAGUGUCAAAGGGCAAAGUGCCAUCGUAACCGGCGCUGGGUCAGGUAUCAACUUCUCUUUUGCAUCCCUGCUCCUCAGCCGUGGCUGUUCCGUCCUUAUUGCCGACCUUUCGCUUCGUCCUGAAGCGCAGAAACUAGUUGAAGAUUACAGUGCGAAAGAGCAAGGGAGACCACGAGCCGUCUUCCUCAAGACCGAUGUGACGGAUUGGCGGCAGUUGGAGCGCAUGUUCGUCGUAGGCAUACAAGAAUUUGGAAAGGUAGAUAUUGUAUGCCCUGGAGCAGGCAUCUACGAUCCGCAUUGGAGUAAUUUUUGGCAUCCUCCAGGCGUCGCCGGCGGCAAGAGUAGAGACAAGGUCGACGGAGGACGAUACGCAAGUCUCGACAUCAACAUAACACACCCCAUCCGCACGACACAACUCGCCAUUGCACACUUUCUUAACCCACCUCCUGGGAUGGACAGAGUGAGCGCGCAGAAUCCAAAGAGAGUCAUCAUCAUCUCCAGCAUUGCAGGCCAGAAUGCUAAUCUUAACACACCUCUAUACGUGGCGGGCAAACACGCCAUGAACGGCUUCAUACGCUCCCUAGGCACCCUCGAGGCAAAAAUAAACAUCCGCGUCAAUGGCGUGGCCCCAGGCGUUAUCAAAACACCGCUGUGGACCGAGCACCCGGAGAAGAUGGCAUUCCUCGACGAGACCAAGGACGCGUGGGCAACGCCCGAAGAAGUGGCGGUCGGUAUGUUGAGAUGCUUGGAAGAAGCCGAGUUGGGCGGAGGCAAGAUCCUUGAGGUGGGCGCAAAGCAGACGAGGCUAGUUGAGGCAUUGAACGAUCCAGGGCCGAGCGGAGCAGGACAUACGGUCAGCAAUCUUCAAGAACAGUACAGGGAGGUGUAUGAGUGGCUGCAGCAAGAUGGAUGGGGUGGAGGAAUUGGCAAGGCGAAGUUGUAA